ACCAUAACAGUUAAGCUGAAUUCGCUUUAUGUUUGUCCAAUCCAAAUUUGAGAACUUGAGAAGUUGAUUUAGCUUCAAGCCUUAACCUUGGCCGAGAACAGUUCUUCAUUUUGCAUAUCAUCUUCAACAACAAGGGAAGCAGAUUCUUCGAAAUUGAGAUUCGAAUCAAGAUGCUUUUCUAUUCUGCGUUUGGGGUUGCUAUCUGUGCACGGGUUUCCAUUUUGAGUUUGGGGUUGCUGGUUAAAUACAAAGACAUUGAGAAACCCCAAGUUGAAAUUCGCAAUCAAUUCCUCUGUUUCAUGUUAUUUGGUGAAUCUCAAAACCUAAUGCAGAUGGGGAAAAUCACAAACCACUGGUACGAAUUGGGAAAAUUGGUACCUGUCAGUAAAAGCUUGCGAUUGAAUCCAUCAACAUGCUUCCAACAUUACAUCCAACAACCAAGGCGACGGAACCAAACAACAGCGUGAAAUGGUAAAGCUAUAUAACUUACCGAAUUCUUUUACUCUGUCAAAUUUUUUAAAUUAAUUAACGACUAAUUAUAUAUGGUUGAUUUAAAGCAAUGUCUAAUUUCUCUUAGUGUAACUAGUUACUCAUUUCACAAUCCCCUCUCCCAUCCAUCAUUUUCAUUCCUUCACCAAUGAAAAUUUACAUUGGUGUUUAUUCAGCUAGUUUCCUCAAGAAAUAAUCAGUUACUAAACAAUUUUCAAUGACAUAAUCAAUGCAAGAAGCAGUAGCUUUAUAGUUUGUUGGAAAGUCCUUGGAUGCCAUUAAGGUGAGUUACUAACUUGGAGGCAAUUUUUUGUAGUAGUUCUUGACUUCUUGUACUUGCUCAGUCCAAAACAGCUUUGGGCAGCUACAUAUCCUUGAAGAUAUGAGAUAUGACCAAAAUUAUAUGUAGAAAAUGUGUCUGAAAGGAAUUCCUCUUUUUUCUAUCCUUCAUUAAUAUAUAUAUGGAAAAAGUAUUUCUCCAGUCACCGAAGAUAAAAUUAUAUCCAGUGAACUCGACGUCGUUUUGAGAUUAUAAAAUUAAAAAAUUAUAAUGAUAAAGACUAAUAUAACCCUGCAAUAUAUUAAAAUUAUAAAAACAUCCUGAUUUCCGUCCCAAAACGACGUUGUUUUGUGCUCACUGGAGAUAACUUAUCUCCAUUGACUGGAGAAUCCUUUACCCUGUAUAUAUAUAGUCAAUACAAAAAAGUUUUGUAUAUGUAAAAAAAAAAGUGUCUGAAAAGAUUUCCUCUAUUUUCUAUCCUUUAUCAAUACAUAAGGGCCAUAUUCUAAUCAAAGUGUAAUUAGUGUUACUCAGGUUGUACUUUAUCAGAUGAAAUGGCAAAGCUCUGAAUAAGAUUUAAAAUACUUAACCACAAGUUCUCCUUGUGCUUAUGUUUGCAUUAUAAUAUAGUAGAACAUAAGAAACUGCAUUUCACAAAUUCUGUAAGCCCGUCUAACAUGGCAGAAAGAGGAAUGCAACGGUACAAAUACUCUUUUUACAUGGCAUAAUAGGAUACAAAAAAUCACACAAGUUUCCCAUCUUAUUCUUAUCUAAGACCAGGCAACAAAAAUGCAUCUAAUAAUAUAUCGACACAGUGAAGCUUACAAUUAAUAAUGAACUAGACAAUGAAUGCAGGAAACGCAUUUGACAAGGGUUGAGUCAGCACAAACAAGGGCCAAAUAAAUUGCAGUUGACAUUUUGAUUGGAUUUGUACUUUUUAUCUGAUUUGCAAUACUAUAUGCUUUUGUGGAUUUUUCCAAUACAAUUUGGUGCUACAUUCUAGUUUAAUUGCAAUUAUUUUUGAGAAAUCUAAUUUAACAGGAAAGAGAAAGUCCUCUUCUAUAUAAAAACAUUGACAGUGUAUCCUUCCUAGGACAAUUGCCUUAGAGAAUCCACUUUCAGACAAUUUUCAAGUUUUAGUCACUGUUAGCACUAAACACCUAGCUGGAGAAGACUGUGUGCAGUCUGAAUUUGUUUCCCAGUGUCUUGCUUCACAACGUGACAUAUUUGUAUCAUUUUUCAAAGCACUCGAAGAGAAGAGCGCUUUCUCGGUCUCCUCUGGUAUCGAUUUUCCCAUUCUUGUUACCAUAUAUAAAUUGAAUUCCUUCAUUGAGUUGAGAUAUUAACUAAAAUUUCUUUUAGCAAUUUCAAGUUGUUCAGGCAUUUCAUAGAUUUACUGGUUACUUACUUCUGCAAUGACCAAUGCUCAAACUUCAAAGGAAUCUAUAAAAAUUUUCGCAUCAAGAAUCUAGGGCAAAGAUCUUAUUUCCAAAUUGAAGAUAUUUUGGCACAUUCAAUUGACAUGGUCAGAACAGAACUUUCAAUGACUAGAACCAACAACAUGACCGACACCCUUAGGCAUCGCAAUCAAAGAGUAAACUAUAUAGAAAUAAGUGAUCCUGGAAGUGACUCGUUCAGUUCUGAUCCAGAGAAUUCAAGGUGCAGCCCUACUAGACUAACAACAAGAAGAAAAACAACCUUAUGCAGUCCAAGAGUAUUGGAGACAGAAAUGAUGGACUCAAGUGUGGGUUUCGUUGCAAGAGGUGGACAUGGUGAUGGACAGGAAGUAGAGCCUAUAAGAUGGGGCGUAAAGGGUACACAGAGUUGCAUUUCCAAAAAGGGGGAGGCAAAGGGAGAGCUAAACAGGGAAAGUGCAGAGGCUAUAAAAUGGGGCAUACUGGGUACACGGAGUUGCUUUUCCAAAAAGAGGGUGGCAAAGGGAGAGCAAAACAAGGAAAGUGUGGAGCCUAUAAAAUGGGGCAUACAGGGUACACGGAGUUGUGUAUCCAAAAAGAGGGCGACUAAUGGAGAGCAAAAAAAGGAAAGUGUAGAGUCUAUAAAGUGGGGCAUACAGGGUAUACGGAGUUGCAUUUCCAAAAAGAGGGCGGUAAAGGGAGAGAAAAACAAGGAAAAUAAUAUUCCGGUACCAAGUUCAAUAAUGGAAAAAGGUCCAUCAUCACCUGAAAGACUAGUUGCAAGUAUGAAAAAAGAUUCACUUGCACCUGUACCAGUAAGGUUGAGUAAAAAAACCAUUUUGUCAUGGUUGAUAGAUUAUAAGCUAAUCGACGAAGAUGAACAAGUGUGCUAUAUGGAUGGCACAAAGGAAUAUGCAGCUUUGAGAGGAAGAAUUACUAGAGGUGGAAUACUUUGCAGCUGUUGCCAGAGGGAAACAUCAGUGUGGACCUUUGAGAAGCAUGCUGGAAGUGAUCUUAAACAACCAUAUGAACAUAUUUAUCUCCUCCAGAAAGGCACAUGUCUCCAAGACUGCCUGAUUGCUGCUUGGCAGGAUGCCAGGGAACGAAAACGCCGGUGUCGGUUUUCGUAUGUGCUAAAAGGAAGUGUUGCAGACCAAAAUGAUGAUGCUUGUUCAAUCUGCGGAGAUGGGGGAGAAUUAAUCUGUUGUGACCAGUGUCCCUCCACAUAUCAUCCAUCUUGUAUGAAUAUGGAGAGGGUUCCCCAUAACAAUUGGUUAUGUCCAUACUGCAUAUGCAAAUACUGUGGAAUUGGCGGGGAUAGUAAGGAAUUCAUCACAUGCUCUCAGUGCGACAAGAAGUUUCACUGGGGGUGCUUUAAAGAAUUUGAAAAAGAAUUCUCAAAAGAAACGCUGGACCUUAACUGUUCAAGAUUAUAUUGUGGGCCAGGUUGCAGAGAGAUCUAUGAGAAAUUGGAAAGCUCACUUGGAACCAGAAAUGAUGUCUUUGCAAGAUACUCUUGGAGAGUUAUCCGCCAAAUGGAUAUGACCCCCAAGGUGGUCUCUGCUGCUAGGAACUCACAUAUAGAAAAUAAUUCAAAGGUUGCAGCUACUUGGAUGUUAAUGAAUGAAGCUUUUAACACAAUAAUUGACCGGCACACAGGCAUCAAUCUGGUUGAAAGUAUAGUUUACAGUCGAGGAUCAAACUUAUCCAGGAUUAAUUUUAGCCGAUUUUAUACAUUUAUCCUGGAGAAAGAUGACGAGAUCAUCGCAGCAGCUUGUGUAAGAUUUCAUGGUAGGAGGAUUGCAGAAAUGCCUUUUAUUGCCACAGAAGAGGCAUACAGGCGCCAAGGAAUUUCCCGGGCAUUACUGACUGUAAUUGAAUCGUUCCUGUGCAGUCUUAAAGUUGAAAACUUGAUCUUUCCAUCUUUUCGGAAGACUACUGAGAUGUGGAAGCGCAAGUACGGCUUUAAAGAGAUGUGCCAAGAGUUGAAGAGAGACGUAUUGUCCUACAAUAUUUUGAUGUUACCUGAUGCUUUAAGACUGUACAAAAACUUUACCACAAGCAUAGCAGAUGGUGACAAUAAUAGAGACAAUCAGAAUGACUUGGAACCACAGACAGAGCAGGGAGGGAGACCCCUUUUUGACUUGAAUGUUGCCCUUCAUGAGGAAGACUAUUAGAAGUACAAGAAUCUUAGGAUCCAUACAGAUGGUGAAUGAUAGGUUUAUCUCUGUGGCUGACUGGAUUAAAACUACAACCCUCAAGAGUCUCUUUCCAAACCCAGUAAGGUCAGAAGAGUUGGCAUUCCAAAGUGACGAGCCUAAUGUCAACUACCAUUAUAGUUACUGCUGCAUGCUGAAUGCUGCCUGAUAUUCAAUCCUGAUGUAGCAGCUAGAGCUUUCUAUAUGUUUUUCUUUUGGUAUAGACAUUUGGAAGUGUUUAUCUCAGAUUGCUAAAUUUGGCCUGGUUUCGGACCAAGAUUUAUUUUGUUUAGUCUAAUCAUUAUUUAUU